AUGAGAGUAGGAACCAGCCGAACUGCAAACGAGCCACAGCUUAAGACGCGAAUCAGUCGUUGGAGACGGUACCAGCCGCCAACGAAUCUUGUAUGUGGUAAUGAUUCGAUGGCUGAAGUAACACCAUCUGGGCAAACACAUAGACGAGUGAGAAAGAGGAUCGGAUUGGAAUUUAUCAACACAGCGCAUCCUCAUGAUGCCACCUCGUCGACUGCCAUUUCCAGCAUUCGGUCACACGCGGCACGAAAUAUUCAUGCGUCACAUCGCGCGUCGGUUUCACAACCGAAGGGGACUAAGAAGAAGAGGAGAACGCAGAUGGAUACUAAUGACAUCUCUCUUUUGAGUAUAGAUUGGCCAGUGAACCUAAUGAUUCCUAUUUACAGCGGUUUACUUCAUUGCUUUGCACGGCCAAUGACAAAGUUUGAACAUUUUCUUCUCGACUACUAUGCAGCAUCAGUUAUCCCAGAUGCCCACCUUUGGUGCCACCAUGGCGAUGAGGAGGCCCUCUUUAUUGAAGGUGUAAGACUGUAUUGGCUUCCCUUUGUAGUCACAGACAGUGGCUUGUUAGCUGGUAUAUUCCUGUCCUCGUGUCGUAAUCUUGCACUUCGCGAGCAUCGACCACAUGCAAAUCAUGAGUAUUCUCAACUUGCAAUGAUGUACAAACUCGAAUGCAUCAGGUCUGUAAAUGAGGCUAUUGCUGCAGAAGGACCAACAAUUAUCGAAACUACAAUUGCGAAAACCCUACUAUUAUGUGCGGAUGAAUUCAUGUGCGAUGACCUAAAUGCCUCAGCUCUGCAUUUCGAAGGUUUGAACAACAUGAUCCAGUUGAAAGGAGGACAUAUUGAACGAGACUGGCAUGAUGGAGAUUUAUAA